AUGUCAGCUACAGCUACUACUACUACCACCCUGCCGCUUAGCAAGACCGCUCCCAAGGUUCGAGAGCUCCGUUCUGCUUUUGGAACAGAGGUUCAUGGACUAGACUUUUCCACUGGAGUGACUCAAGCUCACGCUGAAUUGAUCAAAGAACUGGUGACCAAGUACGGUGUCAUUGUCCUGCGCAGGACCAAUCUAAAUGAUGCGCGUCACGUCCAGCUGGGACGGGCCCUAGGAGAGCUGGACGACGUGAAACCCUACAAUAAAGCCGGCCGCAAGAACCGCCUCGAAUACGAUGAGCUUUUUGAUGUUGGCAAUAUUGAGGCAGAUGGUUCCAUCGUUGACCCCUUGAGCGCCCGUGCCCAGGCAAACAAAGGCAAUAGUUACUUUCACGUUGAUUCAAGUUUCAACCCACGACGUGCUGGCUAUUCACUACUUUUGGCUCACGAGCUCCCACCAGCCAACACUGGUGGCAGCACCCAAUUCUGCGACACAAGGGCCGCAUGGGAUGGUCUUGAUGCAGAGACUAAAAAAGAGCUGACCGAGAAUAACUAUAUCGCCGCCCACUCUAUCCUACACUCAAAGAAGCUAGCUGCGCCCGAACACUUCGCUAAUAUCGAGCCGGCCGAUUACCCUAUGGGCCGUCACCAUCUAGUCCAAAAGCAUGAGAGAUCAGGUCGUAUGAACCUCUAUCUUGCUAUGCAUAUUCACCAUAUCGAAGGCUUAGAACCUACUGAGUCUCAGUCGCUCUUCGACAAACUCUUCCAGCAUGCGACUCAAGAGAAAUACCUCAUGACCAUUGACUGGCAUGACGUCGGCGAUCUGGUUAUUUGGGACAACACGUGUACCAUGCACAGGGCGAUGGGAGGUGAAUUUGCUUUCAAGCACAAGAGGGAUAUGCGACGUGCCACUGUUCAUGACGACAGCAGCCAAGCUUGGGGCCUCAACGAACACACAGAUGUUCGUCAGGGUCUCCCUUGA